AUGAUGGCGACCACUCACAUCGGAGCACUAUAUACUGGACGGUUACUGAUCGGGUUAGCGAACGGAUACUUUAUGACUUUCUCGCAGCUCUACCUCCAGGAAACCAGUCCGGCAAAGUAUAGGGGUUUAUUCCUUUCGGCCUUUCAGUUUUGUACUUCGUUUGGCACUCUCAUCGGAACCAUCAUCGAUUACGCCACCAGCAACAGACCAGAUAAAUCAGCGUACCUGAUCCCUUUGGGCAUUGUAUAUAUCGUCCCUGUCGUUCUAUCGAUUUCCAUGUUUUUCAUUCCCGAGUCACCUAGAUGGCUCAUACUCCAAGGUCGAUACGAGGAAGGUGUAAUGGCACUAACAUGGCUUCGUCCCAAAGGAGCAGACGUCAACUCGGAAGCCACACUCAUUCGUACAGCCAUUGAAAAAGAAAUGGAACUCAAAUCGACCGUCGGCAUCUGGGAUAUGUUCCGCGAUCCGGUGAAUCGACGAAGGACCAUACUCGCCGUUAGUGCUGUCACACUUCAAGCAGGAUCAGGAAGCAUGUUUAUCAUUGCAUACAAAGCCUACUUCUUCGCCAUGGCCCACGUCUCCAAUCCAUUCGGCAUGAGUUGCAUCCUGAGCACAAUGGGCCUCGUGGCCAUCUUGAUCAACUCCUCCAUCGUCGUCCGUUACGGUCGCCGCCGCGUUUUACUCCUGAGCGGCUUGAUAUUCUGCGGCAUCCUCCAACUCAUCAUCGCGGUGGUGUAUGAUAAGCAACCUGGCACGAAGACGACGGGAAAAGUAAUCGUCGCCUUGGUUUGUUUGUACAUGAUGAGUUAUAAUGGAAUGAUAGCAUCCUACGCCUGGUUGUCGGGUGGCGAACUCCCCACCCAACGCCUACGAAGCCACACGUUCGGUCUCGCGGCCGCCAUCGGCUUCCUGGGUGCCUGGCUCACCACCUUCACCGCGCCGUACUUUAUCAACCCGGCCUCGUUGGACUGGGGUCCACGGUACGGGUACAUCUGGUUCCCUUCGUGCGUCGUGGGCGCCGUCUGGGUAUACUUUUUCUUGCCCGAAGUCAAAGGGAGAACGUUGGAAGAAAUUGAUGAGAUGUUCGGGGCGAGAUUACCUGCCCGCAAAUUCCGAAAGUACGAAUGUGUCCAAGCCACGACGGUGUUGCGAGAUCAAAAAGCAAAAUCUCCAGGACGAAAGAGCAUGGAAGAAGUCGAGGAAGUAUGGAGUGACGAAAAGGCCACGGCUGAAACUACAGUCAAUACGGCGUGAACCGAGUGGGACGGAGAAGACGUCAAACGUUGAUAUAUUCCCGCCGCCAAAGGGAUAAAAAGACAAGUUUGCCAGAACAAUGUCCCCACGACCGACGCCUAUGGACCGCUGUCUUAUUGAACAGUCCACAGCGAAAAAUAUAUCUUAUACACAUACGGAGUAUGUUUACAUGUCAUG